AUGGCUCCGAUGGCCCCUGAAAGUCGUGCUGGCGCGGCAUCCCUGCAACUUCGCGUCGUUGAUGGCGAACAGGAGUACUUUAUAUGGGUGCAAAAGACCUGGAAGAUGAAUAAAGUUAUGGCAGCGUUCUGGGUUGGAUCUUGUAAGAGACCGCAUCCCGCGCUCUUUACCUUUCGAGGCCAGAAAAUCCGCGCACGUCAAACCCCAGAAAUGCUAGGAAUGACUGACGGAGAUGCUAUCCAGUUUAAAGCAACCGGCCGCAACCCAAAAGCACUACUCCUCGAAGAUCUUACCACCUUGACAGGAUGUUGUGAGCAAAUCAACAACGGUCUGAAAGAGAUCUUGGAACUGAGCUCACGGCGGUUUCAAGAGUCGUGGAAUGGCACGUCGUGCCACUUCUUUCUAAGCAGGGCAGAAGUGGAGCUUGAGGCUCGGACCAUUUUACUACAGGGUUUGUGUGCCGGGAACAUGGAAAAGCUUUUUGGACGUGGUGCAUCGGCUUCUCUGGCUAGCAUUCAAGCAGAGUUGACCGGAUACCUCGCGGAAGCUUCGAAGCUGGACGGGGUGCUGUGUAAGGCUGCGUUCGCCGACUGUGCUACCAAUCAUGGUAAAGACGCAGUCGACUUUUUCCUCGGGAAGAUGUGUAUCCUCGGAGUCGAGAAUAUGAACACUCUGAGGAAGAGCGUCGGUGGCUUGCACAACGCUCAUCUCUGGCCAGAGUUCCAAACGCACAUUGAGGCGGAAAUCCCAGCCAACCACAAUCAACAAGAUAUGGAUGGCAAUGACGUCUCUAUGAGUGACGAGGAAGACGUUUGCGCCAUCUGCUAUGACCCAGUCGGAAAGGCUGAGCAGGCAACGAAUGUGGAGUCGAAGGUUGCAGCGUGCUGCAAGAAACCGUUCCACAUCCGUUGCCUGGCCGAAUGGUACGCGCAUAGCGUAUGUGGCUGUCCGAGGCAUCAUGAUGGAGCUUGCCCGAGAUGCCGAGCCGUUGUCGACGCCGACAAGAUGUUGCAAAUCUACAACAUGGCGCUUACGACGAUCGGCGAGGCCCAGGCCAAGACUCCCGGCUAUGGAGACUUGAGUUGCUGGGUUUUGAGUUGGAUCAAGACGGUCGUGAAGAUGUCGAACAAGGACGCAGAAGUCGUCAUGACAGGCGGUGAUGGUAUUACCAUCGAGUUCGUUCCUGAAAGACGAGGGAGCAUCUAA